UGCUUUACCCAGAAAGAAAAAGUUGUUAUUCUGCAGAAAAAAAAUCCCAUUAGAAUUAGCUUUGAAAUAUAUAUAUAUAUAAUGGGGAAGUUUUUUGAAAAUUUGAUCCCAAAGACUAAGUAUGGAGCAAUAGCAGCAACGGUAACACCCAUCAUCAUCGCUGCAGGAGCUUAUGUUGCAUGGAGUUAUGCAAGUCGUGCUAGGAAACGACAGCGUGUUCUGUCGAGGUCCAUGUCCGUUGGAUACCUCCACAGUGGCAAACUUGCGUUGCAGAGAUUGAUGAAUUAUCAUCAAGCUCGAGCAGAACCAGAAAUAUUAGAUGGAGCUGAGAAUGAGUUGAAUACAUUGCUCCAAGACAAACAUCCUGAUUUCUGGAAGUUGCGGAGUGCUGCAGCAAAGCUGGAAAUGAGCGGAAAAGAAGCCAAGGCAGUGGAAAUACUGGAAAAUGAAUUUGAAAAUGCCCGGAAGGAUCAGAAAUCACAUGAAGGCUAUGAGAUUGAAAUGUUACUUGUGGAAAUGCAUAUCUACAAGGGAGAUUUCAGAAAGGCUUUUGAACGCGAAUGCUUGAAGGAUGAAGUGAUUUCAGAUCACAGGCGUCCACUAUUCAAGGCUAUUCUUCACAUCUUAAUGUCGGAGGAGCACCAAGAGGAAGAAGCCUCACAAUAUUGGGAAGAUUUUGAUUCUAUUCGAAAUGACUUCCUAUGGCAACCUAUUAUGCAAGAAGACAAACUCGAAGACGUCGUUCCGAAUUUCAAAGAGUUCAAGGAGGUAGUCAAUUUGCUCAAAAAAGAUAUUCAAGAGGCUGUGGAGGCAAAGAAAACACAAAAGUAAUUAUAGACAUAUAUGUCCCAAGAAAGGACUCAAGCUUCCUAAAGGAAGAGAAGAAAUGG